AUGGCCGACAGCGCAAUUGAUCAUGGAAGACGUCCGGCCUUGAUCCCCAAGGAUGCAGUUUUAGGUGCUGACGACAUAUGGUCAAUAUGUACACGAACUGGUCAUGCUAUAUUGCCGCCCCCAGAACCUUCUUCGACGCAACAAGCACAAUCCUCCCAAGAAGACUUCAUCAAGGCAGGGCUCGACGCCGCCAACCGAGGCACGAAGAGAAAAGCAUCCACCUCAAACGAUUGCGAAUUGAGGCGACUCCAAGCACUGCCUAUGUUUGAGUCACAACACCAACAAGAACUGGUGACAAAGCGAUCAUAA